AUGGAUUAAAACUGAAGGAGGGGAGAUUUAGGUUGGACAUUAGGAAGGAAUUCCUUGCUUUGAGAGUGGUGAGAUCCUGGCUCAGGUUGCCCAGGAAAGCUGUGGCUGCCCCAUCCCUGGCAGUGUUGAAGGGCAGGUUGGAUGGGGCUUGGAGCAGCCUGGGCUGGUGGGAGGUGUCCCUGCCCAUGCAGGGGGUUGGAUCUAGAUGAUCUUUAACCCUUCUAACCCAACCCAUUCCAUGUAAUUCUCUUGGUUGUGCCUUGGGUGUGUGCACCUGAUGCGACACUGCACCCACGAGUGAAUCGAUUUAUUAUUUUCCCACUUUAUUAUCUGGGGAGGAGAUCUUGUAGGUACAAUGAUGCAGCCUCUUGCAUCACCAGACUGUGCGAACCCCUCAUACCUUAAUGCGUGUUCCUCUUGAUUCUUCUGUCCCCACUGCUGGUUUCAAGGUGGAAACUCCCUACACAGCUUGGAGGUGUAACUAAAAUGCUCUUUGCAGAUGAGCUGGACUUGACUUUGCCUGGGAAAAUAACUGAGGUAGAGAGAAUCCAUCUAAUCAAUAAGGAGUCCCCGCUGCUGAGUAAUAAGAGGACUGUAUUUGUGGUCAACAGGGAGUAGUAGCAGUGAUACGGGUGUGGGAAUGAGCAUUUACCCCUGCAAUGGAGAAUGCAGUGCAAAGUGCUGAGACUGGGGUGAAAGUCAUCUUGAAAACCAUGCCAGGAGUGAUGUUAUGUCUCUGUUCAAGAGGAAGACACUCAGGGUGGGGAAAUACCUGUGGAAGUUGAACAUUUAUGUGAAGCGUUUGUUUUCUCAUCUGAGCAAAAGAAAACAUCCAGAAGAGGGUAGAAGUUGGGAGCGUUUAGCUUUUUCUCUGUAAGGAGAGGAGGAAGGCAGUGUGGGGCUUGAUCUGGGGAUGGAACCUGGGGUCGGGGGACUGGCUCCAGCCCUGGUGUGCUAGAAGUGAGGUUUUGCUUCUCAGGUUUUGAAAGGGAGUGCUGAGAAGUGAGAGUGAAGGAGCAUGUAAAUGCUGUGUUUUGUGAUGGAAAUAUCCUAACAUCUCUCCUUAGGAGAGGCUGAUGGAGCAGGUAAGAAAGGCUCUAGCAUUGUAAUGGUAGUGAGGGGUGAGACUUAAUGAGGGUUAAGCUAAGCUUAACUCAUUAGGUACCUAUGAUGCUGCAUGUGUUUGGAGCAGGGUUUUGGGCUUUGAUGGUUAUUUUCCUAUUCAAGGACUCUUUCCUUUCUCUAAAUUGCAUGGGGAUUAGUUUGGGAGAGGCAUGGUUUGAGUCCCCAUGGAUAUGUGUUCUGCCUAACAGACUGAAUGGUUUAAUUCCUUUGGCUGAGAGAAGCUGGAUCAAUGAGUCAGCUCCUGCUUUUACCCAAAGUGAACGACCUCCCUGUUACCUCACUACCUUCCUUUAGGGACAGUGCAAUGUCUGCUUUUCCUUAAUGCUUUCUGUUAAUUUAAAGAGCCUUGUUAUUAUUUCAGAGAUGUUUUAAUGGAGCAGGCUGCAGGUCUGGCUUACACCUUUACCAUUUUUGCUACAUCCAUAGCACUCGAGUUUGCAUAUAUGUUUUAGCAUCGUGGUUGAAUGCAAGUGUUGAUUGUUAUGUUAGUCAUAAGCUGUAACUCAUUUAUCCUUCUUUUCUUUUUAAUCUUUAGUUUGUUAGAGACCUGGACGUAGAUGUUUUUGUUUUGUUAAUUUUCACACCACAUCUUUUCUGUACUUCAGGUUGACUCCUCACUGCACUGUGAAAACCAUUAGGAAAAAGUCCUUGGGGUUAAAUCCUGGGGCUCCACAGUGUUCCCUGCACUUGGGGCUAGAAAUUAAUUUAAAUGGCGACUGAUCUGUCUGAAGCUGAACCCGUGCAUCAUAAGGCGCUUCCACUCUUAACGGGAGCUCAGCUGAUCCACACGGACAAGUUAAGUGAGAAAGCUGAGGACGACGCGAUGCCGAUCCGCCGCACGGUGAAUUCUUCUUCCAGGGAAACUCCUCCCAAAAGCAAACCUGCUGAAGGUGAAGAGGUCAAAGCAGAUGCAGAAGUCACCUCUGAGGAGUCUGCCUCUGUUGGAGAAGAACAAGAGACUGAAACCCUGCCUACUGCAUCCAGUGAAGCAGAACAGCCAAAGGAACCUGAGAAUGAAGGGAAGGGGGAAACAAAGUCCUCAGAGGAAACCAAAAAAGAAGAGAAAGACCAGUCUAAGGAAAAGGAGAAGAAGGUGAAAAAGACCAUUCCUGCAUGGGCUACUCUUUCUGCUAGCCAGCUAGCCAGAGCACAGAAGCAAACUCAGAUGGCUGCCACCUCACGUCCCAAAAUGGAUGCGAUUUUAACUGAGGCCAUCAGGGCUUGCUUUCAGAAGACUGGUGCAUCGGUGGUCGCAAUACGUAAAUACAUCAUCCACAAAUACCCUUCCCUGGAGCUGGAGAGGAGAGGCUACCUUCUAAAGCAGGCACUGAAAAGGGAGCUGGAGAGAGGAAUCAUCAGGCAGGUGAAAGGAAAGGGAGCUUCUGGGAGCUUUGUGGUGGUGUCCAAUACAGGAAAAACUGUUCCAAAAGCCAGAGACAGAAAGAAAAGCACUUCAGCCCUGACUGCAGAGCAGCAAGUCAAGCUGGAAGAUGUCCUGCCUCUGGCUUUCACCCGCCUCUGUGAGCCCAAGGAGGCUUCUUACAGCCUGAUCAAGAAAUAUGUGUCUCAGUAUUACCCCAAACUCAAGGUAGAUAUAAGGCCCCAGCUACUGAAGAAUGCCCUGCAGAGAGCUGUAGAGAAGGGCCAGUUAGAGCAGAUCACAGGGAAGGGAGCAUCUGGGACGUUCCAGCUGAAGAAGUCAGGGGAGAAGCCCCUGCUGGGUGGGACUCUGAUGGAAGACGCCAUCCUGUCGGCUAUUGCGGCCAUGAACGAACCGAAGACCUGCUCCACCACAGCCCUGAAGAAGUAUAUCCUGGAAAACCACCCAGGGACCAACUCCAACUUCCAGGUUCAUCUACUGAAGAGAACCCUGCAGAAAUGUGAGAAGAAUGGCUGGAUGGAGCAAAUUUCUGGCAAGGGCUUCAGUGGGACCUUUCAGCUUUGCUUCCCUUACUACCCUAGCCCAGAUGUGCUCUACCCAGAGAAGCAGCAGGAUGAGGACUCGGAGGAAUCUGAUGAGGAUGAAGAGGAUGAAUCUGAGGAGGAAGAAGAAUCUGAAGAGGAAGAGUCUGAGGAGGAAGAGCCACCACCAAAGAAGAGGAUGCAGAAGAGGCCGCCUCCGAAAUCCCGCAGCAGGGCCCCUCCCAUGAAGCGAAGAGAAUCCAAACCCAAGCCAAGAAAAACCCCUGCAGCCCACCGGGGGAAAGCAAAGCCCCCUCCCAAGGUUAAAACCCCUGCCAAGAAAGCCAAACCAGCAGCCCCAGCCAUCAAGAAACCCUCUGGUGGCAGCUCUUCCAAGAAACCAGCAGCCAGUGGGAGGAAGGAAGUGAAAUCCUCUGCCAAGGGCAAAUCCACCAUGAGGAAAUCUCUCCGGGCAAAAAAGUAAAAUCUUUUUCCACUGUCAGGGAAUCCCAUGGUCAAAUCCACCAUCUUGUUUUAUAAGUCAACGUGCAUUUUUAUUUUAGUUCUGAUGCUUAAACACUUUUUUUUAAUUAUUUUUUUUUUCUGGAAUGAUGGGGGAAAAAAAGCUGAAAACUAAAUCAAACCAACCCAAGCAUUUGUGAGAUCUCAAUGCUGUGCCUCGUGCCUGCCCCUCCCCUGGAACAAGUCACCUUUAAUUUCUGCAAUAAUUGUAGGACUUUUCUAGGCCAUCUAUAACCUGUACAUUUUACAGUUGUUUUUCUUGGGCUUUUGGGGGGGAGGGUUGGCUUUUAAAAUAAGAAAAUUAUUCCGAGAUCUUUGUAUCUUUAGCAGGAACAGGAUGAUUGGGGGAAUGUGGUUCUAAAAGAGAAGGGACAGUGGCAGAAGAGUCCUCCCUAGAUCCCUCCCCCUGCAUGACAAGGUCCUUAAAGCUUCUUGUGGAGAAGCAGUGUAAAUACAGCACUUGCACUGAGUCCUGGUGGUGCUUCUGUCUGCUUGGGCACCUUGGGCUCCUCCAGACCAUUGAGUUUUGUUUGCUGGUGAGUGGGAUUGUCUGGGAACAGAGUGGGUUGGUGCCAGAGAGGCUCCAGAAGGGGCAGUUCUCCGUUAGGUGGGUGAUUUGAAUUAGUGUUUCCACACCACAUCUGUUACCUUCAAACCAAAAGAUAUAAAAAAAAAGUCUUCUUGAAUCCAACUUUCAAGCAUUUUUAAGAGAUGAAGAGCCUGAGUUUUGUCACCUCUUGUUUACCCUUUUUUUUAAAGAAGAAAAGUUGGAGAGCUAUACAAUUGCUAAUGUAGAGAUGUUGAUAAGUGAAGAACAUGCAGUUUGCUAAAAUAAAAUGAAACUAGAUUCCA